AUGUGGCCAUUCAGCUCCUCCUCAUCCUCAUCAUUACCCACGCCUGCGCCGGCGGCGUCCGCCGACAGGUGUCCGGUGGACGACGAGACACGCCAAGCAUGGCUCAAGGCGAAUCCGGGCAAAGCGCAUCCCUUCCAGCCCGACACGACGCCGACACAGCAGCAGCAGCAGCAGCAACAAGCGCAGCAAUCGCAAGCGGGGCCUUCGCGACCCUCACGCUACGGCAAUGACGAGUCGCGGCUUUCCAGCGAGCGCGAGAUCUCAUCGAUACCGCGCAGCUACUCUCCGCUCGCCAACCCAACAGCAGCGCAAGCCGCACAGCCGCCUUCGACGCCCUCGCCCACGGACGGGGAAGAUUCAGACGGCAAAUGGGUCUACCCCUCGGCGAAGCAAUUCUACAAUGCGAUGAAGCGCAAGAAUCAGAACCCGCAAGUGGCGGAUAUGGACGUGGUGGUGCCCAUCCACAACGCGGUCAACGAGCAGGCCUGGCGCCAGAUCUUGGCAUGGGAGCGCAUGUGGACGCAUCGAGAGCAGGCCAAAGGCGAGAUCAAGCUCGUCUCAUUCAAAGGAAGGCCCAAGGACCUGACGUGGAGGGCAUGGCUCAAUGGAUUGGCGGGCUACCAGCACCCCUUUGACAGGCACGACUGGACGGUCGAGAGAACAGGUGGGCAGCAGGUGCGCUACAUCAUCGACUUCUACACCGGCAAGGCACAAACAGCGCAAGCAGCAGCUCCAGCGCAGCCAGCGCGCUCAGACGAGAGGAUAGCGGACAAGUUUGGGGCGGCAGCUCAAGCAACGACAGGAUUGAGCUUCUACUUGGACGUGAGGCCGGCGCCGUCGACGCUCGAGGGACUCGCGAUGCGAUCGGCUAGAUUGUGGAACAAGUACUUUGGCGCUGCUGGCUCUGCGCCGCAUUAA